GCAACCUGUGAGGAGAUACGUGUGUGUGUGUGUGUGUGUGUGGGCUGUGUGAUGGAGCUCACUGCAUGAGACACGUCUAUGGGGGGGAACAGGGUCAUGCAAAUCAUGGUGAAGCCCAACGAGCAGAGCUCCAAAUAUGCACGCCGUCGCCUGCGUGUCAUGACCCUAUUCAAUGGAUGAUUAUGAAUAGGUGCGCUCGCUGCGUGAUUAGCUAGUGACAGAGACGCUCGGCUGCUUGAUUGGAGGUGAAGAGUAACCUGUGUGACCUGAGCGCGGCGCCGUCCUUGAGAAAACUCUGUGUCUGAUCCCCCCCCAUCUCAUGCCUCAGGCACCUCUAUUGAAAGGGAGUCCAUGUAAGUGUUUCAGCUGUGACCUCAUGUAGAAUAGUACCAUUUUAAGGCCCGAGCUUUUUGAAUCCACAGAAGUUAAUGUUGCAAUUCCAUAAUCCAAAGAAGUAUUGAUUAUAAUCAUACAACAGUAAUUUGGAAUCCAGUGGUACCACAUUCGAAAAUGGUACUUAAUUUGUUUAAAAUGUUCACUAGUGGAAACAAAAAGCAUUUGAAGGAUGAACAUCAUGCUAAAUAAUCUGUACGAAGGAUUAUUUGAUAUAUUUGGAUGCAAACAAACAUGAUUUGCAUAAUCUUAGCAUGUGUUUAGUUUGUAUUAUGGUAUUUGUUUUCUGUCAUUUCCAUGUUGUGUGGUGUGUAGUAGAGUCACCUCGUCUGUCUCUUUUCUUCUGAGGCCAAGUUUUUUAACUCUGUGCUGGUGUGUGUGUGUGUGUGUGUGUGUGUGUGUGUGUGUGUGUGUCAGACUCACGCCUAUCUCUCUGUCUCUCUCUUCGGCCAGCGUUUGGCUCUUUCCUGAUGUGUUGUGUCACAUGUUUGUGUUUUUUGUUUGUUUGUUUGUGUUGCUGUUGUUUAUCACUGCUGCCUGCACUAACUCUGUGGAAGCCCUCCGAUUGCAACGACUUUCUGGGGCAGAUGUUCUGCACCCUGGGGGAGAUUGUCGGGUCGCCGGCCAGUCGUUUGGAGAAGCCACUUGGGGGUAUUCCGGGGAAGAAGUGUGGGGCCAUCAUCCUGUCCGCAGAGGAGCUGAGCAACUGCAGGGAUGUUGCCACCAUGCAGUUCUGUGCCAAUAAGCUGGACAAAAAGGACUUCUUUGGGAAGUCGGACCCCUUCAUGGUGUUUUACAGAAGUAACGAGGAUGGCACGUUUACUAUCUGCCAUAAGACAGAGGUGGUGAAGAACACUCUGAAUCCUGUAUGGCAGUCCUUCAACAUCCCCGUUCGAGCGCUCUGUAACGGAGACUAUGACAGGACGAUUAAGGUGGAGGUGUACGACUGGGACAGAGACGGCAGUCACGACUUUAUUGGCGAGUUUACCACCAGCUACCGGGAGCUAGCCAGAGGUCAAAGCCAGUUCAACGUCUAUGAGGUGAUCAAUGCUAAGAAGAAGAUGAAGAAGAAGAAGUAUGUGAACUCGGGAACGGUGACGCUACUGUCAUUCUCCGUGGAGUCGGAGUCCACGUUCCUGGACUACAUCAAAGGAGGGACUCAGAUCAAUUUCACAGUGGCCAUUGAUUUCACCGCGUCUAAUGGUAACCCCUCGCAGUCGACCUCCCUGCACUACAUGAACCCGUACCAGAUGAACGCCUACGCCAUGGCCCUGAAGGCGGUGGGGGAGAUCAUCCAGGACUACGACAGCGAUAAGAUGUUCCCCGCACUGGGAUUCGGAGCCAAGUUACCUCCUGACGGCAGAGUCUCACAUGAGUUCCCGCUGAAUGGUAACAUUGAGAACCCAUACUGCAAUGGCAUCGAGGGUAUUCUGGAGGCCUACCACCAGAGUCUGAAGACCGUCCAGCUCUACGGACCCACCAACUUCGCCCCCAUCAUCAACCAUGUGGCACGGUAUGCUGCAGCGGUUCAGGACGGCUCUCAGUACUUUGUGCUCCUGAUCAUCACAGAUGGAGUGAUAUCAGACAUGGCUCAGACCAAGGAGGCCAUCGUCAACGGCGCCAAGCUUCCCAUGUCAAUCAUCAUCGUGGGCGUGGGACAGGCCGAGUUUGAUGCCAUGGUGGAACUCGAUGGGGACGACAUCAGAGUUUCAUCGAGAGGAAAGCUCGCUGAGAGGGACAUCGUGCAGUUUGUGCCGUUCCGAGACUACAUGGACCGGACGGGGAACCACGUGCUGAGCAUGGCGCGGCUGGCCAAGGACGUGCUGGCUGAGAUCCCCGACCAGUUCAUCUCCUACAUGAAGAGCCGGGGCAUUAAGCCUAACCCAGCGCCUCCGCCGUACACCCCACCCGGCCACACCCACCACACGCAGAUCUGAGCAGCUCCACUGCUCUGCUCACACCUGAUUGGAGAUUUAGGGGGAGGAGGAGGAGAGUGAUGAUGAUGGUGAUGCUCUCUCCUGUGGAAUUCUGGGAGUUGUAGUCCUGGAUGGAGAGCGGGCAGGGGUUGGAUUGAGCCCAGCGUUUGUGUCAGAAUUUCCUGGUAGCACUCAGAGACUUUUGUUCAAGCGUUACAUUGGGUUUGUUUUUUAAAUGUUUAUUGAUUGUUUUUUUUUUAUUAUUGUUUUUUGCUUGUUUUAGGCAAGCUCAUUGCCAGAACCCUAUAUAAGGACAGUCAUUUUGUUUGUUUGUUUGUUUUGUUUCUUAAAAGAUGGCAAAAAAUGUACAUUUGUAUAAAUAUAAAUGGGCCUGUGACUGUUUCCUGUUUGGGGUGCGCUCGUUAGCGAGUCCGGUGCAAGUGGCCGUGUAUGUGGGAUGCGGUCGGUUCGUGGUUCAACCUGUGCCUGUCUGUGGUCGUCUCAGUGUCUCUAGUGGGGCACCUCUGCCCCUCUUGGAACCUCUGUGUCGCUCCGGGUCUGUUUAGUAGAGCGUAUGCAUUUCAGGUGAAGUCUUUAGGUUCAUUUGAUAUGGAGUCGACCCGGGGCUACAACACCAUACACAGUGUAUGGUCCACAUGGAAAAUAUUCCAGUCUCUGUUGCUAAUGCCUUCUGUACCUUGGAGGGCUGUUAUCACGUGUGCUUUCUAUUUGGUUCUGUUUUCACAACAACAACAACAACUACAACAACAACUAGCAUUUAUAUAGCGCUUUAUCAAAACACCCAAAGCGCUCAACAGUGAUAGGGGAACCUCACCAACCACCACCAUUGUGUAGCACCCACCUGGGUGAUGCACAGCAGCCAUUAUGCGCCAGAACUCUCACCACACACCAGUUUGAGGUGGAGAGUGAGGGGAUGAAUGAAUGAGCCAAUUACUGGGGGAUGAUUAGGAGGCCAGAUUAAAUGAGCUUGGUUGGGAUUUUAGCCAUGACACCAGGGAACCCCCUACUCUUUGCGAUAAGUGCCAUGGGAUCUUUAAAGGCCACACUGAGUCAGGACAUCAGUUUAAUGUCUCAUCCAAAGGACGAAUUACCACUGAACGGAAAUAUUCAUCAGAGCCUUUGGAUUUGGAUCAGGUGUCUGCACGGAGGUUCAUCCUAGCGUACCGUGAGACAGAGCCGAGAUCGAAGUGUCUAUUCUUAGCCCUCCAUGUUGUCAGAGGAAGCAACCGAGCUGCAUGACGCGUGUGUUCACUCAGUGCUGGAGUCAUCUGUUGGGAACGCUCUGUGUUCCACUGUAGAAUUUAAACUGACGAAUAAUGCUCUGUGUUCCAGUGUAGACUUUAUACAGCCGAGAUGCAUGCGGCACUUUGGCCUCCCUGCUGAAAACACAAGACAAAAAAAAAAGAACACCUACAUUUUUUAUUACUGAACACACCGUAAAUAUACCAUAUGAACACAGGUCCUAUAUAAAGCAUAUGAACACAAGUCCUAUAUAUAGUUUUUUUCUUUAAUAGUUUUUUCCAGGUAAGAGCACAAUAUUGCCAUUCUCCUCACAAGGAGACCAUCGGCUGAAUUAGAGGUGUAAGAGGGAUGAGGGGAAGGAUUCCGGAGGAAGGUUUUGUGUACAAUAGUGGGGAGUAGUGGUAGAUUUAAAAGUUAAGGGUGUGUGUGUGUGAGGGGGUGGUGUGUGGUGGUGUCGGCGAAGCUUUGAUGUGAGCCUUGGGGUCUGUCUGAGUGUGUGUGUGUCUGAGGGGGUGGUGUGUGGUGGUGGCGUUGAAGCUUUGACGUGGGCCUUGGGAUCUGUGAGAGUGGAACCUGGCCUACGGUGCAGUUUUAGGCCAGUGAAUAAUUUCCCAGUGCAGCACGACUCAGCCUCAUCUCUUGCAGAGAGAGAGAGAGAGAGAGAUGUAUGAGGGCAGAGCAGAGGAGUUCAGAGCCACUCAGUCUGUCCACCAAUUCAGCGGCUUUAAUCAGAUCAGUUAUCCUGCCUGGGCCUUCCUCCGAGCCUCCACUACACUCGGAGAAACGAGCACAGUUUGUCCCUGUCUGAUUACCGUAAUGAAUGCAAUGCUGUAGAGGUACCCCCAGUCUCACAAGUACACACUCACACACACACACACACACACAUACAUACAUACACACACACACAUACACAUUGCUAGACUGUUGUCUGUGCCCACGAUGUAAUCGGGCGAUGCUGAAAGCCAUUAUACUUCGACGAGUCAGCCAGUGGACUAAUAGUGAUUUUUACCGCCACAUUAUCCAUGAAAGCCUGUGUGGUCAUGUUUUCUGGCCCAUUAUAGCAUGCUCUGUAGAUAGGUGGAAUUUAUUUCAUCUUUACACUAGUAACAGAGUAAUGGCCUCUAUUAAUUUAAUUACAUUCGUAUUUCAGAAAUUAUUCAAGGCUGAUACACACAUGAAGAAUGAGCAGAGGACAGUAAAUAUGAACCCAUUUUAACAGCAUGAAGCACCCCUGAUUUGUUAUGGCUAUCUGUUAUUCAAGUCUCAUUUCAAAGCAAGCCCUUUUCUUGUAGUUUUAUAGUCAGAAGCUAUCAAAACAUACCGUAAUUUCCCAACUAUUAGCCGUGGCU